AUGUUAGCAACAACAGCACCAAACUCUUUAGUCAUGAAUCCUACGUCAAUGUUAGUAGAGAUGAAAAGCUUCAUUCCUUCUUCAUAUACUUUCGAAACAGAAAUCCAGAAGAUAAAGCAGGAACUUUUAACAAGUAAUUUAGACUGUAGUGCGAAAGAUGAAACAAAUGAACAGUAUCUUUAUGAAAUGCAGGAUAUUAUUGACCAUUUACCCAAAUUGCCUGAAAUCCAACAACAAAAGCUUACUAUUCCAGAAUUCGAUGAAAUAGAAGUCAAAGCAACUGACUCAGUAGAAAUAAAGAAGUUCAUACGAAAGGUUAACUAUGAGUUUCUUGGAUUUCAUUGCAACCACAAAGUCAUGGACAAAGAUUGCGAUAUGGUAUAUAAGAACAUCUCUGACAUAUACAAAUCUGGGGAGUUUAAGACCUACGACAACUUUGUUUCGUUAGUUGCAAAAUGUGUAUGGCAGAUAAGAGAUAAAGAUAGAAGAGGUAAGAUAUGGAAUGAACAGAUAAAACCCGCAACUUUUGA